AUCAUCUCUGGGUGUGACCCUUGACCUACUAACACCGACAGACAUCACACCCGCUGCUUACCCAUCCUCACCACCUACUACCCCCCACCCACACCCGACCAAGUCCACCUUUCCCACACCACAUCAUAAAUCCACACACUGUACCAUACACCACACAUUACAAUACACACACACCACCACACUUACAAUGUACCACACAGCAUUGUUCACCACAUUCCAACUACAGAACCACCUCACAAACCACUUCACGCUACUGUACUGCGCACCACUGCAGUGUACGGUACAGCAAAGACAAAGGUCUCCGAUAUAGCCUGCAAGAGACUACUGGGGAUAGUGCUGUUAGUGAGCACCUUUAAAGGUCGGGACAGAACACGAAGGGGUGGGUGGCCAACGUCAUGCCCGGCUGCCUUUGUCUCCCCAGUGGCGAUGUUUAUACACCACACCAGGUACUCAUUUGAGAAUGAGUUGACCGAGGUGCUGUCCACCCACCCCCUCGUGUGCCUUGCUGGUCUUCAUAGGUGCUCGCUAAUAGCACUUGCUCCUACAGUCUGUUUUGGCUAUAUGAGGGAUGUUUGUCUUUUGUGUGUAUGUACAUGAGGGAGUGUGUGCAUGAGGGAGCGGUUGUGUGUAUGAGGGAAUGUUCGUGUAUGUGGCACGAGGGAGAAUCUGUGUGAAGGAGGCUCGUGAAGAACGCUGCUGGGUAGUUGAAGGCAGUUGCCUUUCAACAACAGAGGAGCAACGCUCUCAACAACGAGCGGAGCGCCGGGCACUCGACUCAGCAAGUCGGGAAAGUGGGGAAAAGAGGGCGUGAUCUAACUGGCUACAACAUCCGAAAGAAGGAAAUGCAGUAAUGACCCAGAUAUCUUCUGCUACAUCUGUGGCAGCUUCACUUUGCAGGAUCAAAGGCGCAACAUAAAUACCUUUGUCAAGAAGUUUUAUCUUGCCUACUUUAAAGUAUGACUUGGAGACCAAGACAAAAAUUGGGCUCCUCACAAAGUGUGUAAAACCUGUGUUGAAACUUUGCGAUCAUGGUCUAAAGGAAAGAAUGCUAAGCUGAAGUUUGGUGUGCCAAUGGUUUGGAGAGAACCUACAAACCAUUUGGAUAACUGCCACUUCUGCCCUGUCAAUGUAAAAGGUUUCAAUAAGAAAUACAAACAACACUUACAAUACCCAGAUAUCCCAUCUGCCAGACGACCAGUUGAGCACUGUGAGGAAAUACCUGUGCCUGUAUUUAUUGAGCUACCAGAGAUUGAUGUUGAAUCCCUCAGUUUACCUGCUUCUACAGAUGAUGAUGAUGAUGUUCAGAUCGAAUAUACGCCAUCUGAUGCAGAUUGUGAUAACAUUUCUCUGUUUAGUCGGCCUGAAUUGAAUGAUCUUGUAAGAGAUUUGUAUUUGCCAAAGCAGUCUGCUGAAUUGUUGGCUUCCAGGCUGCAAGAGAAAGGACUACUCAGACCUGGCACUAGUGUCUCCUUUUAUCGUAACAGAGAAGCAGCACUGCGAAAGUACUUCCAUUCAGAUGGUCAACUUGUUUGUUGUAAUGAUGUUGAAGGGCUUCUUCUCAAUAUGGGACUGCCCGCAUAUGAUUCAAGUGAUGGAGACUUUUUUAUUGACAGUAGUAAAAGGAGUUUGAAAUGUGUGUUACUUCACAACAGAAAUAUAUAUGGUUCAAUCCCAAUAGGACACUUUGUAAAAAUGAAUGAAGAGUAUGCCAACAUCAAGAUUGUUCUGGAUAGAUUGGAAUACCAUGUUCAUGGAUGGCUAAUUUGUGUUGAUUUGAAAAUGGUAAAUUUUUUGCUGGAUCAGCAAGGAGGUCACAUCAAAUACCCUUGUUUCCUGUGCUACUGGGACAGUAGGGCUACAUUAGAACACUGGGUUAAAAAGAACUGGCAACCAAGAAUCAGUUUGACGCCUGGUGACAAGAACAUCAAGAAUGAGCCUCUGGUUGAUAGGAAUAAAAUUGUAUUUCCCCCACUGCACUUAAACUUGGGUUAAUGAAGCAAUUCGUCAAAGCUCUUGAUCACACUGGAGACUGCUUCAGCUAUAUAUGUUCAACAUUUUCAAGUCCCAGUGCCGAGAAGAAAAAGGCAGGGAUAUUUAAUGGCCCUCAAAUAAGAACACUCAUCAGGGAUACACACUUUGUUACAACAAUGACUGCGGCAGAGGCUAGAGCUUGGAAUGCAUUAUCUGAUGUGUUGUGGAAUUUCCUAGGGAACAGGAAAGCGGACAACUAUCGAGAGAUUGUGGAGGAGCUGCUCUUGAGUUUCCAAGCACUUAGAUGUAGAAUGAGCAUCAAGGUUCACUACUUGCAUAGUCACUUGGCCCAGUUUCCAGAGAACAUGGGUCACGUGAGCGAAGAGCAAGGUGAACGCUUUCAUCAAGACAUUAAAGUUAUGGAAGAACGUUACCAAGGCCAAUGGGACUCAAACAUGAUGGCAGAUUACUGAUGGUCCUUGAUGAGAGACAUUCCACAAGCCGUACAUCAGAGAUCGUCAAAGCAGAGGUCGUUUAUGCAGAUGUAACAUCACUAUUGUGAAUGACCUUUUUGUACAUAUUUUUCUUAUCUUCACAAUUCAAUUCUUUCAUGGUAAUAUGCAUUCACUCACAUUGAUAUGCAGUCACUCUCACAACUUUGUGCUACGGCUCAUUAAAUGUUUGUUUCAUUAUUAUUGUUUAUUGUAUCUUAUCUUAUUCUUGUAAGGAU